UAGAUAAUUUUUUUUAUCGCUUCAAACACUGUGUAUUUAAACAGAGAUAUACGUACAUUUUGCUCACAGUUUUCACAAAGAAUUAUAACAGUAUUGUUUCUAAAAAUUUUGUUUUAUAAAGUUAUUAAUUUACAUUCGACAUCAUGAAAUAUUCGUUUGUAAUACUUUUGGUGGCUGUUGCUAUGAUACAACACUGUUUGAGCGCUCACUGUCAUCACGAAGGUGAACAAAAUCAUCAAGAAAGCGUUGGUGAUCACACUGGCCAUAACCACGAAGCUCACACAAGUCACGAAGGAGGUGACCAUACUGGCCAUAACCACGGAUCUCACACAAGUCACGAAGGAGGUGACCAUACAGGCCAUAACCACGAAGAAACUGAUCACUCAGGACAUGACCACACAACAGGUGAUCACACUGGCCAUAACCACCAAAAUCAUCAACACCGUAAAUAAUAAUUAUUAAGCUAAGAACACUCAAAUGUAUAAUGAUAUGACAAUCAAAUACUAAAUAAAUGUCAUUUUUCGAAAUGCAUUUUUAUUAUGAUAUAAUAUUCUCAUAUAAUAACUACAAUAUUGUACAACAUUAUGAAAUAAAUUAAGAUUACUCAA